AUGGAUGAAGGGUUGCUUGAUGAUAUAAUAAGGAGACUAUUGGAGGCGAAAGUUGGGAGGGUGCCGAAGCAGGUCCAGUUAACGGAGGCGGAGAUAAAGCAGCUAUGCAUGGCUUCCAAGGAGAUAUUUUUGAGCCAGCCUAAUCUUCUAGAGCUGGAAGCUCCCAUUAAGAUUUGUGGAGACAUUCAUGGGCAAUAUUCUGAUCUUCUGCGGUUGUUUGAGUAUGGUGGCUAUCCUCCAGAGGCAAAUUAUUUGUUUUUAGGGGACUAUGUUGACCGUGGUAAGCAGAGCAUAGAAACAAUAUGCCUCCUCCUUGCAUACAAGAUUAAAUACAAGGAGAAUUUUUUUCUCUUGAGGGGCAACCAUGAAUGUGCUUCUAUAAAUCGCAUUUAUGGAUUUUUUGACGAAUGCAAAAGGAGGUAUAAUGUUCGUGUAUGGAAAACAUUUACUGAAUGCUUUAACUGCCUGCCUGUUGCUGCUCUUAUCGAUGAAAAGAUCCUUUGCAUGCACGGGGGACUGUCUCCUGAGUUGAAGAACAUGGAUCAGAUUAGGAAUAUUGCUCGUCCUGUUGACGUGCCAGAUCAGGGUCUACUCUGUGAUUUGUUGUGGGCUGAUCCUGACAGAGAGUUGGGUGGAUGGGGAGAUAAUGACCGAGGUGUGUCGUUUACCUUUGGAGCAGACGUAGUUGCUGAGUUCCUUGAGAAGCAUGACCUUGACCUGGUCUGUAGGGCCCACCAGUUCAGCUAA